AUACGAAAAAAAUAAUAAAGUUGAAGAGACAUUCAAGUUUUUUGUGUUAUCGAAUUCAAUAAAUCGUGUAAUUAACAAAAAAUAUAAUAAGAAGAAAACGAAAUUAAUUUGUUUAAACUUCCAUACACAUUUGGCAUUAAUUAAAAAAUUCUAAGUGAGAUAAAGCAUAAAGUGUUUUGAAGCAAAUAAAUCAAAUUGGAUUCUAAUUAACGAAAGAAAAUAAUAGACGAAUGAAAAGUGUGCGUUAUUAGUUUUGAUGUAAUAGAAAAAGCAAACAAGAAUAGCAAUAACAACAAGUACCACAACAAUACUACUAAUAAUAACAACAACAAACAGACUAAGACAAUAUUUGUGUAAUUAUCUAAGGGUGGUGGACAUACAGGUGGUAUUUGCACCUAGAGGGGAUAGAUGGCUGAAAUUAAAACGUAAUAAUCGUUUGAAUUAUUAAAGCUUUUAUUUCCCCAACUUCCUCACCAAACCUUCGGGUGGUCCACCUUCCUAAAAAGAGAGAUAGAGUUCUCUUUUCAAAAGAGGUCUCCGUACAAGCUUUGAUAUGUUUAAAAAUAUUUGUCGAUCUACUAAUUUAGUACGUCAAACAACUCAGAAUACGGCCACUAAGGGAGUCACCACAACUAGUGCUCAGAACUUAAGCAGCAGUAGCAAUCUAUUAUUAAUAACAGCUCAACAGCAAGGUACAACGAGCUCAACAGCACGUUGUCUUUUACAUACUUCAGCCACAGCGUCUACAACAACCACAUCAGCAACAGCAGCAUACACACCAAACGUUGUAACGCUAAAACGCAGCAAGUCACAGACCCAAUUUACUCUACUACCACGUCUUUCACGUCUACGCACCAUGUCUACUGGCAGCGCUGGUUCUACCGGUACCUCUCCACCUAAACCUGUUUCGCCCAAAUUUACCAAUCGUUUGGCCCAAGAGAGAUCACCUUAUCUGCUGCAACAUGCUCAUAAUCCGGUCGAUUGGUAUCCCUGGGGUGAUGAAGCCAUCGCAAAGGCUAGAAAUGAAAAUAAAUUGAUUUUCCUAUCGGUGGGCUAUUCCACUUGUCAUUGGUGUCAUGUUAUGGAACAUGAAUCGUUUGAAAAUGAGGAGGUUGCUGCCAUUAUGAAUGAAAAUUUUGUCAACAUUAAGGUGGAUCGUGAAGAGCGGCCCGAUAUUGAUCGCAUUUAUAUGCAGUUUGUAUUGAUGAUGAACGGCAGUGGUGGUUGGCCCAUGAGUGUCUGGUUGACACCCGAUUUGGCACCCAUAACGGCGGGUACAUAUUUUCCACCACAUGAUCGCUGGGGUAUGCCCUCCUUCAAAACGGUACUUCGAGCUAUAGCCUCCAAGUGGAUAGCCAAUGAAGAGCAAUUAAAGUCAACCGGCCUAGAGGUCAUUAGUGCUAUACAAAAAUCGCUUAGCGAAAAAUCUACUGAAACAGUAUUUGCACCCGGAAGUGCUGAUGCAAAACUACAAGAAGCCCUUAAGAUAUUCACACAACGUUUUGAUAACGAAUACGGUGGCUUUGGUAAUCAUCCUAAAUUCCCCGAAGUAGCAAGGCUUAAUUUUCUAUUCCAUGCUUAUAUUGUAACUAAAAAGGUGGAUAUUUUAGACAUGGCUGUAGAGACUCUACAUCACAUUGGGCGGGGUGGCAUACAUGAUCAUGUAUUUGGAGGUUUUGCCCGUUAUUCAGUGGAUCGUAAGUGGCAUGUACCACAUUUCGAGAAGAUGCUGUAUGAUCAGGGUCAAUUGUUGGCCGCCUAUGCUAAUGCCUAUAAAUUGACUAGAGACGAAACGUUCCGGGAAUAUGCUGAUGGUAUAUUUCGCUACAUAACCACUGAUUUACAACAUCCAGCAGGUGGUUUCUAUGCCGGCGAAGAUGCAGAUUCUUUAGCAAAAGCUGAGGAUACCAAGAAAGUGGAGGGUGCUUUUUAUGCUUGGACUUAUAAAGAGAUCAAAAAAGCCAUCGAAGAUAAUGUAGACAAAUAUAGCGGGGUCAAAAUGGAUGUAAAUAAAAUAUUUGAAAUAUAUAGCCAUCAUUAUGAUGUCAAGCCCUUGGGUAAUGUGGACCCGGCCAGUGAUCCUCAUGGUCAUUUGAAUGCAAAAAAUAUUUUAAUUGUCAGAGAAUCAGUUGAAGAAACCUGCGGCAAAUUUUCUGUAGAAGAAAAUCAACUCAAGGAAAUUCUACAAAUUACUAAUGGUAUUUUAAAUGAUAUAAGAAAAUUGCGUCCCAGACCUCAUUUGGAUACGAAAAUCAUAUGCUCGUGGAAUGGUCUAGUGCUCACCGGUCUCUGUAAGUUGGCCAAUUGUGGUGGUCCCAAAAGGCCUGAGUAUAUGGCUGUUUGUGCAAAAUUAGUUAAAUUUAUGCACGAGCAUUUGUUUGACAAGGAAAAGAAACUAUUGAAAAGGUCUUGUUAUGGUGUGGCCACAAAUGACAGUACUUUGCAGGAAAAUUUGGAGGCCGAACGUAUUGAUGGUUUCUUAGAUGAUUAUGCCUUUUUGAUUAAAGGUUUGUUGGACUAUUAUAAGGCCUCUUUGGAUCCCUUCGCUUUGCAGUGGGCCAAAGAAUUGCAAGAAAUUCAGGAUACAUUGUUCUGGGAUACAGAACAUGGAGCUUAUUUCUAUUCGAAAGCCAAUUCUCCCAAUGUGGUGAUGCGUUUAAAGGAUGAUCACGAUGGCGCUGAACCGUGUGGCAACAGUGUGGCUGCACGAAAUCUCAUUCUACUUUCACAUUAUUUUGAUGAUGACAGCUAUGCUAAACGUGCCUCCAAACUAUUCGAAUUCUUCUCCGAUCAACAACCAUUUGGUUAUGCUCUUCCCGAAAUGUUAUCGGCUUUAAUGUUGCAUGAAAAUGGUCUGGAUUUAGUAGCUGUCGUGGGACCUGAUACGGAAACCACUAAACAGUUUGUGGAAAUUUGUCGUAAAUACUAUAUACCCGGCAUGAUUAUAGUCCAUGUCAAUCCUCACGAGCCCGAACAGGCCUACAAUCAGCGCGUGCAAGAGAAAUUCAAAAUGAUUAAUGGCAAACCUACGGUUUAUAUAUGUCAUGAUAAGGUAUGUCGUAUGCCUGUCACCGAUCCGGUUAAAUUGGAGGAAAAUUUAACCGAGAAUUUCUUCAAGGGCAGGCUUUAAACAAAAUGUAAGCUGUUGAGAUUAAAUGUGACUAAAAAUAUUAGCUUAUAGUUUAUUUUUAUUAAUGUUUUGACUUUAAAUCGCUUUAAAAUAUAGUGCCUAGGUUUAGCUAGUCUCGAAAUAGUUUUGGUUAUAGAGUUGUUCUAUUUUUUUAUGGUGUAAUUAACUAAACACAAAUUGUAUUAUUUAAUAAUUUGACCUUAGACUUGUUUGUUACGUUUUGUUAAAAGAAGAAAAACAACUAUAGAAAGUUGUAAAAAAAAAUACUUCUUUUAGACAUUUUAUCUAAAAUUGUGUUAUUUAUAUACAUGUAUGUAGUAAUGUUGAAAAUAUUAUAUAGUAUAUGUUACAGUAAAUAAAUAAAAUAUUAAAAAUAAAAGAAUAA